AUGAUACUGCAAAGAGCUAUGGCUGGUAAAUCCAUAGCCCAUACCACCCGUUUCCUAGGGACAACCACACGCAAAUUAGCCGCCGACUCAGCAAGCACAUCAUCUGAAUCAACUCCCAACUCAACAACCAAUUUCGAGCAAUUCAAGAGCAAACAGUCAUGGAGAGAAUCAUACGCACCAGGAUCAUCAGCGCAAGCUGAUUUAACUGAAAACUUGUCGAAAAUCACUCAAAAUAUAGCCAGUGGAGAACCACCAAUACAUAUAGCUCAAUCUUUACAAAAAAAAUUUAGAGUGGGAACCACUUACAACCCAUUCGAUUUCAGCAUGAAUAGGUUGAGAAUGGAUAGGAAACAAGUACAAGCCCAACAACGUAAAUUGGAAGAUCCAUUUGAUCGUAGUGGAAUUGAUCCGAGAAACUUGUACUUGAUGCCAGAAGUGUUGUCACAGUUCCUAACUUCCACAGGGCAGAUUUUACCGAGACAGACUACGGGGUGUAGUGCUGCUAAUCAAAAGAAAUUGACUGCAGCUAUCAAGACCGCUAGGAAUUUGGGAUUAUUGUCAACUGUCCAUAAACAUUAUCGUUUCUUGCCAUCCAGAAAUUUAUAA